AUGCUGGAGUUGAUGGUGUGGGAGUUCUUCUAUAAGGCCAAGUUGUUUGACAAUCUUAAUCAAGGAAAUCACGCUUGGCAUGACAAUGUGUUGGAAGUCAGUGGAUGGUGGGAGGGCGAUGUUGGUGAUAGCCCACUUGUUCCUAUCACCUAUUGCGAUGUGAGUGACAUCAUCAAGCAAUUGGAGCUUAGGCCUGACAUGGCUAAGGUCCGAUGUGCUUUGAACAUCCCCCCAAAGUUUCAUGAGUGA